GGGAGGCCGUGGAUGGAGCUCCUGGAUGUGGCCGGCUCACGGCAGAGCCCGGGAGAUGCUGGCUGGGAUUUAGGAGGGCUGGCAGGAAGGGCAAAUGCCAUAGGAUGACCGCUGCUGGUCCCCUCUUACUGGCUGUGAUAUCGUCUGUCCUGUGGCUCACGCGGGGCUUCGACCCGGCUCCCAGUGCCUGCUCCGCCCUGGCCUCCGGCGUCCUCUACGGCUCCUUCUCCCUCAAGGACCUGUUCCCCACCAUCUCCUCCGGCUGCUCCUGGACCCUGGAGAACCCCGACCCCACCAAGUACUCGCUCUACCUCCGCUUCAACCGGGAGGAGCAGGUCUGCACCCACUUCUCGCCCAUGGUGCUGCCCCUCGAUCACUACCUGGCCAACUACACCUGCGACCCCCGGGGCGAGGCCAGCCCCGUGCCCGUGCAGCCCCCGGAGCAGCAGCAGGAGGAGGAGGAGGAUGAGGAAGCCGAGCUGGAGCUGUGUGAGGGCGCGGGGCCCUUCACCUUCCUGCACUUCGACAAGAACUUCGUCCAGCUGUGCCUGGCAGCCGAGCCCGAGGCGGCCCCGCGGCUGCUGGAGCCACAAGCGCUGGAAUUCCGCUUCGUGGAGGUGCUGCUCAUCAACAACAACAACUCCAGCCAGUUCACCUGCAGCGUGCUGUGCCGCUGGCUCGAGGAGUGCCUGCAGGCUCCCGGUGCUCGCCGCUGUGGCUUCACCCACGCCGGCUGCAGCUGCCAGGCCGAGACCCCUCCGGCUCCCCGGCGCAACGGCACCCGGCCCCCGGCCCCCGUGCCCACCCCGGUGCCCGCCGCCCCCGACUGCUGCCCCACCGAGCUGCAUUCUGCGAAUGCCAACGAGCUCGAGCUGCCCGAGGUGCCACACGGCAAUGCGGUUGAGGAGAACCAGAAGGUGAAGACCCAGUGGCCACGGUCAGCGGAUGAACCCGGGGUCUACAUGGCCCAGACAGUUCCCGGUGCGUGGGAGGAGUGGUCCCCGUGGAGCCUGUGCUCGGUGACCUGCGGGCGAGGGGCCAGGACCAGGACACGGCACUGCGUGGCCGCGCGGCACCGAGGGAAGGCCUGCGAGGGCCCCGAGCUGCAGGCCAAGCCCUGCAAUAUCGCGAUCUGCCCGGUGGAAGGGCAGUGGCUGGAGUGGGGCGCCUGGAGCCGCUGCUCCGUCACCUGUGCCAAUGGCACCCAGCAGCGGACGCGCAAGUGCAGCGUCUCGGCCCACGGCUGGGCCGAGUGCCGGGGGGCCCACGCCGACGCCCGGGAGUGCUCCAACCCCACAUGUCCCACAGACAGCAAAUGGGGUCCCUGGAACCACUGGAGCCUCUGCUCCAAGACCUGCGACACCGGCUGGCAGCGGCGCUUCCGCAUGUGUGAGGGCACGGGCAUGCAGGGCUACCCCUGCGAGGGCACCGGCGAGGAGGUGAAGACCUGCAACGAGAAGAAGUGCCCAGCCUACCAUGAGAUGUGCAAGGAUGAGUACGUGAUGCUGAUGACCUGGAAGAAAACAGCUGCGGGGGAGAUCAUCUACAACAAAUGUCCCCCCAAUGCCACAGGGACUGCCAGCCGCCGGUGCCUGCUGAGCCCCCAUGGGGUCGCCUAUUGGGGUGUGCCCAGCUUUGCCCGCUGCGUCUCCCACGAGUACAGAUACUUGCAUCUCUCACUGCGGGAGCACCUGGCGAAGGGCCAGCGGGUGCUGGCAGGGGAGGGAAUGUCCCAGGUGGUGCGGAGCCUGCUGGAGCUCAUGGCCCGCAAGACCUACUACAGCGGUGACCUGCUCUUCUCCGUGGACAUCCUGCGCAACGUCACCGACACCUUCAAGAGGGCCACCUACAUCCCGUCCUCCGAGGACGUGCAGCGCUUCUUCCAGGUGGUGAGCUACAUGGUGGAUGUGGAGAACCGAGAUAAGUGGGAGGAUGCCCAGCAGGUCUCUCCCGGCUCCGUGCACCUGAUGAAAGUGGUGGAGGACUUCAUCCACCUGGUCGGGAACGCGCUGAAGGCUUUCCAGAGCUCCCUCAUCGUCACUGACAACCUGGUGACCAGCAUCCAGCGGGAGCCCGUGUCCGCCGUGUCCAGCGACAUCAACUUCCCCAUGAAGGGGCGACGGGGGAUGAAGGACUGGGCCCGCAGCUCUGAGGACAAGCUCUUCAUCCCCAGGGAGGUGCUGAGCCUCACCUCAGCCGAAGCCGAGGAGUCGUCGCACUUCGUCAUCGGGGCAGUGCUGUACCGCACGCUGGGGCUCAUCCUGCCCCCGCCCAGGAGCCCCCUGGCCGUCACCUCCAAGGUGCUGACGGUGACGGUGCGCCCGCCGACCCGGCCCGCGGAGCCACUCGUGCUGGUGGAGCUCUCCCACAUCAUCAACGGCACGUCCCACCCGCAGUGUGUCACCUGGGACUACUCGAGGACGGAUGCUGGCUUGGGAAACUGGGACACGGAGAGCUGCCAAACCCUGGAGACCCUCCCGGCACACACCAAAUGCCAGUGCCGCCAGCUCGCCACCUUCGCCGUCCUCGCCCAGCUGCCCAGAGACCUGGCCAUGGACCCCUCGGGGACACCGUCGGUGCCACUGAUGAUCGGCUGUGCCGUGUCCUGCAUGGCCCUGCUCACCCUGCUGGUGAUCUACGCGGCCUUCUGGAGGUUCAUCAAGUCGGAGCGCUCCAUCAUCCUGCUCAAUUUCUGCGUCUCCAUCCUGGCUUCCAACAUCCUCAUCCUCGUGGGCCAGUCCCAGAUGCUCAGCAAGGGCGUGUGCACCAUGACUGCCGCCUUCCUCCACUUCUUCUUCCUCUCGUCCUUCUGCUGGGUGCUGACCGAGGCCUGGCAAUCCUACCUGGCGGUGAUCGGCCGGAUCCGGACACGCCUGGUCAGGAAGCGCUUCCUGUGCUUGGGAUGGGGCUUGCCAGCCCUCGUGGUUGCCGUCUCCGUCGGCUUCACGCGGACCAAAGGCUACGGGACAGCGAGCUACUGCUGGCUCUCGCUGGAGGGCGGUUUGCUCUACGCCUUCGUGGGACCCGCUGCUGUCAUUGUGCUGGUGAACAUGCUGGUGGGCAUCAUCGUCUUCAACAAGCUCAUGUCCCGCGAUGGCAUUUCAGAUAAGUCCAAAAAGCAGCGAGCUGGGGCAUCGCUGUGGAGCUCCUGCGUGGUCCUGCCUCUGCUGGCGCUGACCUGGAUGUCGGCCGUGCUCGCCAUGACCGACCGGCGCUCCAUCCUCUUCCAGGUCCUCUUCGCCGUCUUCAACUCCGUCCAGGGCUUCGUCAUCAUCACCGUGCACGGCUUCCUGCGCCGAGAGGUCCAGGACGUGGUGAAGUGUCAGAUGGGGGGGUGCAGGAGCGAGGAGAAUGAAAACUCGCCCGACUCCUGCAAGAACGGGCAGGUGCAGAUCCUGACAGAUUUUGAAAAGGACGUUGACCUGGCAUGUCAGACAGUGCUGUUCAAAGAGGUGAACACCUGCAACCCCGCCACCAUCACGGGCACCUUGUCCCGCAUCUCCCUGGAUGGGGACGAAGACCCCAAGCUCAACACUACCUCGGAAGGUGGCCUGGGCUUCUCCAGCCUGCCGGGGAACAUCCCCCCCGCCAGCAUCCUGGUGCAGGUGCCCAAGAUGACGCCCAACGUGGUAGCGGGUCUGACGGAGCUGGGCGAGCCGCCGGCGCAGCAGCUCAGCCUGGAGGCGCCGGGUCCCGUUUACCUGUGCACGGAGAGCAGCCUGCGGCCCCUGGAAUACGGCUGGAUCCGGGCCCCCGAGCCCCCCCGCGAGAGCGAUUACAUGAUGCUGCCCCGCCGCACCGGCAGCCUCAAGCCCUUCCCCCGGGACGAGGGGACGCUCGGUGGCGGCGCAGAGGAGACGGUGCCCGGUGGGACGGGGCGCCCGGCAGCCGAAGGGGACGCUUACCCCGGUUUUGUGGCCGUGGAUCACGUCAACGUGAACCUGAACCAGCCCUACGCGACGGUGAAGGCUCCCUACGGCCUCCAGUUCAAGCAGCAUCCCACGGUGAGGCAGAUCCUGGCCUCGGAGCUGUCGGAGCGCAGCCGCACCAUGCCCCGAACCGUGCCCGGCUCUGCCAUGAAAGUGGGGUCCCUGGAGAGGAAGAGGUUGCGGUACUCUGACCUGGACUUUGAGAAGGUGAUGCACACACGGAAACGUCACUCUGAGCUCUACCAUGAGCUCAACCAGAAAUUCCACACGCUGGACCGGUACCGGGCUUCAUCCACCGGCUCCUCCAAGCGAGAAAAGCGGUGGAGCGUCUCGUCGGGCGGCGGGGACAAGAGCACAGGCAACGAUGUGACCAGCCCCGAGGAGCAGCGGCCGAAGGCUCCGGCCGCGCCGCCCAAGCCGUGGAGCACAUUCAAGGCGAUGACGCUGGGCUCGCUGCCCAGUGCCCAGCGGGACCGGCUGGAGCUGUGCCGGGCAGACUGGGACAGCCCCUGCGCCGGCCUGGACGCGGCCGACGGCGACUUCCAGACAGAGGUGUGAGCCCUGCGCCCACCGCCGCCGCCUCCGCCCCGUGCGCGGCCCCGCGAGCCGAUACGCUGGGUUUGCUCCGCGCUCUGGGGCAGCCGGGGGGUCCCUGCCUGGCCGGAGCCGUUUUCCCCCCCCGGGAGAACCGCCUCCCACUCGUCCUCACGCGGUUCCUCCUCCUGCCACCCCCCGGACGCGGGUGUGGAGGGGACCCGUGCCCUCUUCCCCCAAAAUGCUCCCCCACGCUCACGCCUGCACCCCCACCCUGGGGCAGGACCGGCCGUCGAGGCCCUCAGACCUUCGUUCUUUUCUACCGGGAUGUUUCUUCACGCCGUGCACCGUGUGCACGUGAGCGGCCACCCCCCGGGACCCCCCCAACCCCGGGACCCCCGCGGCCGCCCCCUCCCAGCCCUCCCCACCGUCCCCACCCCACGGGGCAGGUGCUGUCGUUGUUGGAAAUAAAAGUUCACUCUCUGUGGUGCCGUGGGGCCGC